GAAUAUGAAUGGAUAUUGCCAUGGGCUUUCAUGAAUUGGGUCGAAGGCUUGAUGCUGAAAAUCAACUGCACCCUGUUAACUGAGCAGAAAAGAAACUAGACCUUGGCCACAUGUUUGUACGGUGAAGAAGAGAGAGGGCAAAAAUGGCCAGCUUCCUCAACAUCUCGUCUCCUCCAUUCCUGUGUGGAUCCUCACCUCUCCCUUCUCUUCCUCCUCGUUCCAUUACGCCCAUAACCCAAUUCAAGGUUUGGUGUCGAGGUUUGACAGUGAAGUGCAUGUCCUCUGGGCCGAGUCAAGAUGCGGAAUCUGAAUCCGAAACGGCGGCGUCUUCUUCCUCUUCGUCUUCAUCCUUUUCAUCUUCGAGCAUUUCUACAUACAAUUGGUGUGCAGCUCUCGGAGGUAUAGGGUUUCUAGAAACUGUAUAUUUGACUUACCUCAAGCUCACCGAUUCCGAUGCCUUUUGCCCUGUUGGUGGUGGCAGCUGCGGCGACGUACUGAACAGUGAUUACGCUAUCGUUUUUGGUGUUCCUCUUCCAGUCUUUGGGAUAGUAGCAUAUGGUUUUGUUUCAGCACUUGGGUUACAGUUGAAAGGAAAUAACUUACCCUUCGGAAUUGGCGAGUCUAAUGGUCGUUUGCUUUUACUUGCGAUCACUACCUCCAUGGCAACUGCUAGUGGAUAUUUUUUGUACAUUCUUAGCACAAAAUUCUCAGGAGCAUCUUGCUCAUACUGCCUAAUGUCAGCUUUCUUGUCACUCAGCUUAUUUUUCAUCACUAUAAAGGAUUUUGGGUUACAAGAGAUACAGAAAGUAUUGGGUUUGCAGUUGUCUAUAGCAAUCUUGGUGAUUGCUGCCCUGAGCACCUCAUAUGGUACUUCUCCAUCCGUCUCCUCAAGCCUGGCUGAAAUUGACCUACCAUAUUUUACCUCUGAAAUAACCACGCCAUCAAGUCCUUUUGCUGUUUCACUGGCAAAGCAUCUGCAUUCCAUUGGAGCUAAAAUGUAUGGGGCUUUCUGGUGUUCACAUUGUUUAGAACAAAAACAGAUGUUUGGAAAGGAGGCAUUGGAAAUGUUGGACUAUGUGGAAUGCUUUCCUGACGGAUACAGGAAAGGAACUAAAAUAGCCAAGGCAUGUGCAGAUGCUAAAAUCGAGGGAUUUCCAACAUGGGUGAUCAAUGGUCAGGUAAGGAAGGUUUUGAGUGGAGAGCAAGAACUGUCAGAGCUUGCACAGCUUUCUGGGUUUGAAUUUAUCGAAUCAAGUCAACCUACUUAGAGUAAUCCAUUGUGAUAACGAUAGCAUUUGUACAGUUUUUUUUUGUAUAUGUUCUUGUGGUCUGUGACGACUGCUGAAUUGUUUAUUAUCUAUAGAAGUUGAGUACUUAGUAUGCCA